UAACUUUUUGUUCAUUUUUUUCCCCUGCUGAUCCCAUGUUUUCUAUUAGAACAUUGAAGCUGACAAAAGUGUUCACUUUGUUUUGCUCGUUCCUCAUUAUUACAGCAAAAAGUCCACUCUUCUUCUCUCAUUUCUCCUCUAAAACCCGAAUCAAUGGGUCUCUUCAAAUUCGCAUAUUUGAUUCCACUUCUCCAUUUAUUCCUCUCAAAACUCAUCUCGUCAACCCCCUCUUUUACCCCACUACAACUUACUCAAAUCCCUGUCAAUUUCCUUCACCUAGCAAAACAACCAGCAGUUUUUGAUUACAUGGUUAACAUCAGGAGGAAAAUUCAUGAGACCCCAGAACUUGGUUUUGAAGAAUUUGAGACCAGUAAGCUCAUUAGAGCUGAGCUUGAUCAUUUGGGCAUCCAUUAUAAAUAUCCAGUAGCUGGGACUGGUAUUGUUGGCUAUAUAGGAACUGGAGACCCGCCUUUUGUUGCCCUUAGAGCAGACAUGGAUGCUCUUGCUAUGCAGGAAGGUGUGGAGUGGGAGCACAAGAGUAAAGUUGAUGGAAAAAUGCAUGCUUGUGGGCAUGAUGCUCAUGUUGCAAUGCUUCUUGGUGCUGCUAAGAUGCUUACUCAGCAUUCCCAUGAGUUACAGGGGACAGUUGUACUGGUGUUUCAACCAGGUGAGGAAGGAUAUGGAGGAGCCAAGAGAAUGUUGGAUUCGGGAGUUCUUGAGAAUGUUGAUGCCAUAUUCGGUAUACAUGUUUCUUCUAGGUCUCCUAUUGGUACAGUUGCCUCCAGACCUGGUCCUCUUUUGGCUGCCAAUGGUUUCUUUGAGGCUGUUAUAAGUGGAAAAGGGGGGCACGCUGCCAUUCCCCAGCAUGCAAUAGAUCCUAUUUUAGCAGCUUCUAGUGUGAUUCUUAGUUUGCAACAUCUUAUUUCACGUGAAGCUGAUCCCUUGGACUCUCAGGUGGUAACAAUUGCGAAAUUUCAAGGAGGGGGUGCAUUCAAUGUCAUUCCAGAUACUGUUACAAUCGGUGGCACAUUCAGGGCAUUUUCGAAAGAUAGCUUCAUCCAACUUAAACAGCGUAUUGAAGAGGUUAUCGUGAAACAAGCCAGCGUCCAAAGAUGCAAUGCAAGUGUCGUCUUCGAAAAGCCCUUCUACCCGGUGACUGUAAAUAACAAAGAUUUGCACAAGCAGUUCGUAAAUGUUGCGACAGACAUGCUAGGCCCCCAAAACAUCAAAGAAAUGCAACCAGUGAUGGGAGCUGAAGAUUUCUCAUUUUUUCAAGAAGCAAUGCCUGGUUAUUUCUUAUUUGUGGGAAUGCAUAAUGAAUCUCUAGGACCAGUUGUGUCUGGUCAUUCGCCAUUUUAUAAACUCAAUGAAGAUGUUCUUCCAUAUGGAGCAGCAUUACAUGCGUCUUUAGCUGUAAGGUACCUUCUAGAACAUCAACCCGAAUCGGCGGCAGCCAACGGAAACCUCCGAGAUGAGCUAUAACUUAUAUUAUGAUAAGAAACUGGGAGAACAUAACAUCCAGUAUUGGAUCAUUUUCCCUUUGUCUCCAUCUAAUUGAUACAAUUUCCCUUUUUUA